ACGGGUAGGAAAAGUAUAACGCCUGGGGGAACGACGUCAGUGUUUGUGUGCGGUUAUUGGAAAGAUGGCGGAGGCUGCGGCAGUUCCUCCGCAUCGGUUUUUCUGUCACUGUUGUAAAGGCGAAGUGAGACCAAAACUCCCGGAGUAUAUCUGCCCCAGAUGUGACUCUGGAUUUAUUGAGGAGGUGACAGAAGACUCCAGUCUUUUGGACAGUAGUACCAAUGGCCUUGAUGACACAGCUUCACAGUUUGCAGAGCUCUGGCAGCUCCUGUUCGUAGAGCGGCCGUUCACAGUGGACUUGGACAGCCCUGACUCGGAGCCACGGGUUCCAGGAGGUGCAGGAGGACUAGGUCUUGGAGGAGGAUCGUUUGGUGGCUCUGUCCCUGGAGGCCUCAGUGGAAACCUUGGUGGCCCUUUAGGAGGAGGGGGAGGAGGAGAGCACUGGGGCCCGAGCCGCCCCCCUCGCCUGCACACUCAGAGAAGAUACAGAUCCAGAGGGAGCAGUCGGCCCGAUCGUUCUCCUGCUGUAGAAGGGAUAGUGCAACAAUUUCUUGCUGGCCUUUUUGCCAAUUCAGGUGCUCCGGGUUCUCCUCCACUGUCAUGGACAGGCAUGCUGCAUUCAAAUCCCGGUGACUAUGCCUGGGGGCAGGGGGGUCUGGAUGCAGUCAUUACACAGUUACUGGGUCAGUUUGAGAACACAGGUCCUCCUCCUGCAGAGAAAGAGAAAAUCUCCUCCCUCCCCACAGUCAUUGUUUCUCAGGAACAGGCUGACUGCAGUUUGGAGUGUCCGGUGUGUAAGGAGGACUACACAGUUGGGGAGCCAGUCAGGCAGCUGCCCUGCAACCACUUCUUCCACAGUGACUGCAUUGUGCCCUGGCUAGAACUGCAUGACACAUGUCCGGUAUGCAGGAAGAGUUUGAGUGGAGAGGACAGUGGCAAUCAGCCCCCAUCAGAGCCCUCCUCCGUCAACACCGAGCCCCGCACACCGGAAAGAUGGUCCUACUGAGAGACACACAAACACACACACAUGCUUUGUUUCAUUUCUGUGCUAUCUCUGUCUAACUCUUAUAACACACAACGCAUGAGGAUUUGGCAUUCCUUGUCUUAACGCCAGCCUCUCUCUCUCUCCCCCACCUCAUUUUUGAUCAUACACCUAUUGUAUGGUUUACUAUGGCUUGUUUACUGUUUUACUUUUUAUCUAUCAUGCUUCAUCUGUCGUGGCCUCUCUAGUCUUGUUUCCAUUUCUGCAUUGACACUUUUACAUUAACUCAGAGUUGUUUGCAUUUUAUUACGCCUCUUGUCCUGGUGUCUGCUUUCCCAGGCUACUGACUCUGAAGGACGCAUACGCUCACCACCAUAUCUUAAGCAUAACACUACAUGAGCCAUCCUUCUUUUAGAACGUGCAGUGUUAUGCACUUCCCAUGAAGCUGAACUGCACGUGCUACACAGAACCAGCCCCUGUUCAGUCUAAUGGUCAUGGGGUUUAAUGUGUUCUACUGGGAUCAGUUGAGUGUUUAGCUCACCUAUUCAUUGGGUCACCUCAUCCUGUCUUGGUGGUCUAUACCAGUCUCAGAGUGCUCCUCUUUUCUCUCCCUUUUCUCCUCAUCUGUGCACUUUUCCCAGGUGUAUAUAUCACAGGCACAUAUGGUGUCCUUCUCAUCUUCCCCACUGGCAUCACUCCUUUUCUUUUUCUUUUUUUUGUUUUGUAAAUAAUUUUAGUUUAAAAUCUCAUUCAAAGAAAAACAAAAGGAAAGGAAUACUGCAUAUAAAAUGCUGAAUCCCUAAAUAUUAAAAUAUAUAUUAUAUAAACAAUGUGUUGUCAGUUAUGUAUUAAUAAUAAAACUGAAUAAAAUCAGUUAAUUGUUGAUCUUCAUAAGACAGGUUUACAUAAAUUUUUACAUUAAUGAUAUUUACAAGAGCCAAGGACACCAUUUGGUUUCAUUUUGUUUAAUUGAAAUGCUUUGUAGGUCAGUUUACAGCAUCCAGUUAACAUCAGAUUUUGUUAAACUUGUUCAUCCUAUUCUCAACUCAUUCAUUUAAUAGUGAUCAGUUUGAUACAUAAACAACUUUUUUUCCACAUUUUCAGGCUGUUAAAUUUCCAGUGGUUUCUAGACAAGGCCAUGGCGCUUGUGCAUAAUCGAAAAGCAAGACUGAUUAGCUAUACUGAAGUCGUUAAUGAAAUUCAUGUAAUGAAAGUCAGACGUGGAUCA